GUUUUGGCGAAGGAUGCUUCAGACACUGCGCGAACGUUCGCAAAAACGCAAGAAGCUGCUUGCUCAGACGGUGAGGACGAUUCGAACUUGGUCGUUGAGUUGGGCGUCUCGAGCGUGGACGAGUUGCGGCAGAUCCUUGGAACGGACGUCGACGACACGCAGAAGAAAAAAUUAAAGUCCGUGACGGAGAAAUCGGAGAACGGUGUGAAAGAUUCGAAGGGUGAAGCAGCAUUGACCGACGAGAUCGUUUACAAAGAUUCGUCCACGUUUUUGAAGGGAACUCAGUCGUCGAAUCCGCACAAUGACUACUGUCAACAUUUCAUCGACACGGGUCAGCGGCCCCAAAACUUCAUUCGAGACGUGGGCUUGGCCGACAGAUUCGAGGAGUAUCCAAAACUGCGGGAGCUGAUCAAGCUGAAGGACGACCUGAUCGCCGAGACGGCGACACCACCCAUGUACCUAAAAACAAAUUUGCUCACGUACAAUUUGAAGGAACUGAACAGCAAAUUCGACGUGAUUUUGAUCGAGCCUCCUCUGGAGGAGUAUCAACGAACCUGCGGUGCCACGAACGUGCAACUUUGGAACUGGGAUCAGAUAAUGGAAUUGGACAUCGGCGAGGUGGCGGCCAAUCGAAGCUUCGUGUUUCUCUGGUGCGGUAGCAGCGAUGGACUCGAUAUGGGACGUUUCUGCCUUCGGAAAUGGGGCUUCAGACGAUGCGAGGAUAUAUGUUGGAUUCGCACCAAUAUCAAUAACCCAGGACACAGUAAAAACCUGGAUAGCAAGGCUGUUCUUCAGAGGACCAAAGAGCAUUGUCUAAUGGGUAUCAAGGGCACUGUCAGACGAUCCACCGACGGAGAUUUCAUUCACGCAAACGUUGACAUCGACCUGAUUAUCUCGGAGGAACCGGAUAUCAACGAUAUCUUACGCAUUUUACACAGAUUGCAUUUGUUCGGUCGAGAUAGUACCAUUCGGCCAGGAUGGCUUACCGUUGGCCCAGAGCUAACCAACACGAAUUUCAACGCAGAUCUCUACACCAGUUACUUCGCUAACGGUCAAAUCACCACUGGUUGUACCGAACGUAUCGAAGCUCUCAGACCAAAAUCUCCACCACCAAAGGGGAAAGUCGCCGGUCGAGGUAGAGGCGGUUUCAGUCGAGGACGUGGCAGAGGAAGGUAA